ACAUGCUCUCGAUUUUAAAUUAGACAAUGUUGACUCAUCCCUAGAAGUCAUCUGCUGAAACCUGCCAUAUCUCAACCAUUUUAAAACAUAGAUUGUUUAGGCCUGUGAUACAUAUUGUACAUUGUUUAUGUCUGGCGGGGUCUCCCCUUUAUUCUUUGGGUUUAUUAUGGCCUUUCUUGUAUUCCCUAAUGAACUGUGCUGUAUAAAUAAGCUUGGUAUAACUGACCAAACUAGCAAUUUAGCCAUGACCUCAGCAUGAGGGCAGUUGGGUUCCAUUUAACUGUUGGUAUCUCAGUGUCCCUAAGCCACAGUGUUCUGGCUUUAAACCACAUUCUCUCAUUCUGUUCACCCUCCCUUUUACUGUGCAGAUCAGUCAUCCGUCUGUUUUAAGUGUUGCCGUCUUUACAGAAAGUAACACUACAGUCUCGGGACUCCCUUUGCUGUUUUGUCAGAUUUCCCCCGAAUGGCUUGUGGUUACAUCUUCACUGAAGGACCAAAUCUUUUAGAGAAAUGGCAGCCUUUUGGAUAGUGUUCAUAUUAAAGAUUAGUUUAAAAGCCCCUUUCUCGCCGAUUAAUAGCAUGUCUGCUAGACCUCAGUAUCUAGCUCCUUAAAGAGGGGUAUUAAGCUUUAAGGAAGCCGGGUUUGGGCAAAGCUGCAGCUACACAAACGUGUAACAAAGAAAGCAAACAAAAACACGGUUUGAAAUAUGUCCCAUAAUCACAGAUAAGGAAGCAGGACUGGUUGGGGUUGGGUGGGGUUUCCAUAGAUCGUGGCAUGUGGUCGCUGGGAUCUGUUGGAUGAAAUGAGGUUACUAGGCUAAAUUGCCCCCCCCCCCCCGGGUACACGGAUCUGUGUCGGUACAGUUAUAUAAGGGCUUACGUCUUUCCUGGCCGGCAGCCCACAAACGUGACUCCAAGUGUGUUUGCUUCACUGACCCAGACUGUUAUUCUCUGAUCCAUCUGAGGUUUCGUAACACCUUUCAGUUCUGCCGCUUCCCUUUGCAUGACAAUAUGUCAUUUCCUUUGUCUUAUUGACAAAAUCGUCUUGGUUGCUCUAACCAUUUGAUUUGCAGAUUGCCUUGAACCUUGAAAGUUUGUUUUGGUUCAGUUUUAUUUUAAGAUUUCAUUAUCACAUAAGCCCAUGUGCCGUCAAGGAGUCUACUCUCCAUAUGUGCAGCUAGUCUGAGCUUCUGCUGAAUGGGUAGGUAGUGUAAUCAGUAUUGGGGCACCAUCUUCCAAACAAAACAAGAUCACAACAACAGCAGCAGCAAUAAGAACAAUAAUAAAUUAAAUAAUUAGUUAUAUCCAGUCAGCAGAAAACUAAAUAUUAAGAACAUUCUGGGAAUGUGGGGUGGUAUCGGGCUAGUAGAGGAAUUUCUGGAACAGAGGCUCUUGAGACAUUUCUUGAAGGUGGAGAAGAAAUCUGUUGACUAUGUGAUUCGGCAGCUGAUUCCUCCAUCUGGGGAACCGCACAGCGGAACCAUCCAGAGUGAGACUUCUUGCAUGGUGGAGGGAUCUGAAGUGGCUUUGCUCUGCUGACUGAAGAGGGCAAGAUGGGACGUCGGUCUUGUUGGAGAUGGGUGUCUGUCCAUUAUUGGCUCUGAAAGCCAGAACCAAGGAAUUGAAUGUUCCUCUUGCAGUGCCUGGAAGACCUCGAUGCCAACCUCCGGAAACUGAACUCUCGCCUUUUUGUCAUCCGUGGACAGCCAGCCAACGUGUUUCCCCGCCUCUUUAAGGAGUGGAAAAUCUCACGGCUGACAUUUGAAUACGAUUCCGAGCCCUUUGGUAAGGAGCGGGAUGCUGCCAUCAAGAAGCUGGCGACGGAGGCCGGGGUGGAGGUCAUUGUGAAGAUCUCACACACCCUCUACGACCUGGACCGGAUCAUAGAGCUGAAUGGUGGGCAGCCCCCGCUCACCUACAAGCGCUUCCAGACGCUAAUCAGCCGCAUGGACCCCCCUGAUCCGCCAGUGGAGCCACUGUCUGAAGCUUUCAUGGGGAGUUGUGUGACCCCUGUGGCUGAUGACCAUGCUGAGAAGUACGGGGUACCGUCACUGGAGGAGCUGGGAUUUGACACGGAGGGCUUGCCGUCAGCGGUGUGGCCGGGGGGGGAAACCGAGGCUCUGACCCGGAUAGAGAGGCACCUGGAGAGGAAGGCAUGGGUGGCAAAUUUUGAGAGGCCCAGGAUGAAUGCGAACUCUCUGCUGGCAAGUCCCACUGGACUCAGCCCCUACCUCCGCUUCGGGUGUCUGUCUUGUCGACUCUUCUACUUCAAGCUUACAGACCUCUACAGGAAGGUGAAGAAGAACAGCUCGCCUCCGCUCUCCCUCUACGGCCAGCUGCUGUGGCGCGAGUUCUUCUACACAGCUGCCACCACCAACCCCCGCUUCGACAAGAUGGAGGGCAACCCCAUCUGCGUGCGAAUCCCCUGGGACCGCAACCCUGAAGCACUGGCCAAGUGGGCCGAGGCCAAGACCGGAUUCCCCUGGAUCGACGCCAUCAUGACCCAGCUGCGCCAGGAGGGCUGGAUCCAUCACCUGGCCCGGCACGCUGUGGCCUGCUUCCUGACACGGGGGGACCUCUGGAUCAACUGGGAGGAGGGCAUGAAGGUGUUUGAGGAGCUGCUGCUGGAUGCCGACUGGAGCGUGAACGCGGGCAGCUGGAUGUGGCUGUCCUGCAGCUCCUUCUUCCAGCAGUUUUUCCACUGCUACUGCCCAGUGGGCUUCGGCCGCCGCACCGACCCCAACGGCGACUUCAUCAGACGAUAUUUACCUGUUCUCCGAGGUUUCCCGGCCAAGUACAUCUACGACCCCUGGAACGCUCCAGAUUCUGUGCAAGCCGCUGCCAAGUGCAUUGUGGGUAUCCACUACCCCCGGCCUAUGGUCAACCAUGCGGAGGCUAGCCGUCUGAACAUCGAGAGGAUGAAGCAGAUCUACCAGCAGCUGUCGCGUUACCGUGGACUUGGUCUGUUGGCAUCCGUGCCAUCGAAUCACAACGGAAAUGGCAAUGGGGGCCUCAUGGCCUACUCGCCCGGGGAGCAGCCCACAGCCGCUGCAGGCAGCGCAGCCCAGGCACCGGGUGCAGCAGCAGGGUCAGUCACCAGCGGCAACGGCAGUGGAAGCAUCCUGCUGAACUUUGACGGCGAGGACCAGCCGGGGCUGAGCGGCGUGCAGCAGCACGGCUACCACGGCACGGCAGACCCCGGCCAGGGGAUGGCCAGCCAGCGUCUUUACCAAGCCUGCAGUUCACACGAGUUCGCCGUGCCCCAGCAUCCAGGACGCCUGAGUCAUGGCAGUGGCUCCGGGAAGAGGGAGCGCGAGUUGGAACGAGAGCACAUGGGCGACGGUGACGCUCACACGUCCUCGCACAAGGUGCAGAGGCACAGUUCAGAGAAGAGCUAAGAAAAAACACCAUGUCUUUCUGAACCCUUUUAUCUGCUGAGAACCUGAACAUCCAAAUAACGACAAUGAAGAUCUAUUUUUUAAAUAUUUUUUUCCACCAAAAAAUUUUAUUUUAAAAUUUAUCUUAAGUUAUUGGGCCUUUAUUUUAAAUCAAAAAUUCAAACCAGAGCAUACAGUUUUUAUUUUUAAGAACCCUGGAUCCAAAGGUGAAAAUAUGACAUGGUUACGUGUUUUGGUGGGAUGAAAGUGGACAGAGUCAUUGCAGGAAGCUCAGCCGGGCACAGACGGUGUUCUUGGGGUGCAGCACAUGGUCUGCCGACUGUAAAGCUCCUCUUACUGACCAUCUCUCCGGCUCCUGACUAACACAGCGGUACCCUUAGCUAGGACUGAGAACAUUCCUUCCUCAGUGCAUGUCGCUGAAAGUCUACGGUUGGAAGUGAGGUAGAAGGGGAUGAAGUGGAGACAUGACUCUACAGAUAGGCGACCUCAACACAUUAAUCCAGCACCUUCGAUCUCAUUGCUGACAUCCUGCUCUUCGCCAUCCUGGAGCAGCUACCGUUCAUCAGGCGCUGAUUCUGUUGGCUAAUGAACCUGCCCUGAAUCUCUGCCACUACUCAGAGCUCAGUACCUCAAAAGGACACCUAGUCUAGGGAUUAUACUGAAAGAAAGGUAGCUAUCAUCCAUGUGAUUAAUCUUUGUGGUGCUCCAUGCUGUCUGCAGUCAGGACUCUGCAUUUACAUUCAUGGCCUCGCAGGGAACAUCUCUUCUUCUGCCUGUGUUCCAGAGCGGUCUGUUCCGACGGAGCUCUUAAAUAUGACUGACAGCCCGUAAGGGAGCAUAUUCCAUUUGGAACGUCUGUCCUUUGGGGGUGCAAAGGUUCCACUGUUUGUCCUUAUUUUUGUAUAUAUACAGUUUAUAUGUAUAUACAUUAUACACCAUGCAAAUGUGAUGUGGAGUAGCAUGUUGGCAUCUUGUUUUUAUCGAAAGCAAAGCAGCUGGAGAACGGCGAAUUGCGCAUGUACUACUGCACACCUCUUGUAUUAUUGCCCCACCUGGGUGCCCCACACCGGCAGCCCUUCCCAUACCGACAGCUGGAGAACGGCGCGUUGCGCAUGUAAUCCCAGUCUGCUACUGCCCCACCUCAGUGCCCCACGCCGGCAGCCCUUCCUGUACCGACAGCUGGAGAAUGGCGCAUUGCGCAUGUAAUCCCAGUCUGCUACUGCCCCACCUGGGUGCCCCACACCGGCAGCCCUUCCUGUACCGACAGCUGGAGAACGGCGCGUUGCGCAUGUAAUCCCAGUCUGCUACUGCCCCACCUCAGUGCCCCACGCCGGCAGCCCUUCCUGUACCGACAGCUGGAGAACGGCGCGUUGCGCAUGUAAUCCCAGUCUGCUACUGCCCCACCUCAGUGCCCCACGCCGGCAGCCCUUCCUGUACCGACAGCUGGAGAACGGCGCGUUGCGCAUGUAAUCCCAGUCUGCUACUGCCCCACCUGGGUGCCCCACACCGGCAGCCCUUCCCAUACCGACAGCUGGAGAACGGCGCGUUGCGCAUGUAAUCCCAGUCUGCUACUGCCCCACCUCGGUGCCCCACGCCGGCAGCCCUUCCCAUACCGACAGCUGGAGAACGGCGCGUUGCGCAUGUAAUCCCAGUCUGCUACUGCCCCACCUCGGUGCCCCACGCCGGCAGCCCUUCCUGUACCGACAGCUGGAGAACGGCGCGUUGCGCAUGUAAUCCCAGUCUGCUACUGCCCCACCUCAGUGCCCCACGCCGGCAGCCCUUCCUGUACCGACAGCUGGAGAACGGUGCGUUGCGCAUGUAAUCCCAGUCUGCUACUGCCCCACCUGGGUGCCCCACACCGGCAGCCCUUCCCAUACCGACAGCUGGAGAACGGCGCGUUGCGCAUGUAAUCCCAGUCUGCUACUGCCCCACCUCGGUGCCCCACGCCGGCAGCCCUUCCUGUACCGACAGCUGGAGAACGGCGCGUUGCGCAUGUAAUCCCAGUCUGCUACUGCCCCACCUCAGUGCCCCACGCCGGCAGCCCUUCCUGUACCGACAGCUGGAGAACGGUGCGUUGCGCAUGUAAUCCCAGUCUGCUACUGCCCCACCUGGGUGCCGCACGCCGGCAGCCCUUCCUGUACCGACAGCUGGAGAACGGCGCGUUGCGCAUGUAAUCCCAGUCUGCUACUGCCCCACCUCAGUGCCCCACGCCGGCAGCCCUUCCUGUACCGACAGCUGGAGAACGGCGCGUUGCGCAUGUAAUCCCAGUCUGCUACUGCCCCACCUGGGUGCCCCACACCGGCAGCCCUUCCUGUACCGACAGCUGGAGAACGGCUGCUGAAGUGCAUCCUCUCCCAGCCUACUUACCAAAUGUUAAUUUAUGUCAUUUACAAACCAAUUGCCUGUUCUGGGAUAUUAACAUUAUACAGGAUAUUAGCCUCCUAACUGCCUCAGGAAACGUGCAGCAAAAGACCAGGUUUCUUAUGCCAGUUACAGCCGAAUGCUCUCUGCAGGUAGAACUUUGUAACUUUCAUUACGUUGGUCACUUGUCCGCAUUUCACACCGUUCCAGCUUCGUCAUACAUUUACACCUCUUUCAGAAACAGGAGAAAAGGAAGAAAAUGAUCUUGAAAUGAUCUCUAAACAAAAAGGUGUUUUUAUUCCAAUGUAACACUCACCUCAGAUGUACCACUUCAUAAAAUGAAGAUUUGCUUUAGGUUACAAAGCUGAAGGACAACGUCCUGCAAACUCCUCAGCAUUUUUAUAAAAUUUUUAAUAAAACGAUAAAAUAUAAAAAGUAAAGUUGAGCAAGUUUUCAGAAAGAGAUUGAGACCCUCGUUUCUGCUGUCAUGUGAAAUGGGCGUAAGAUUUUUGUAUCAUCCAACACUGCAGCUCUCUACUGUCCUUGACGACAAAACAUUCCUCAUCUUCCAAUUCCAUUGAAAUGGUGCCUCAAAGACGGAAUCAGUUGGAGAUUCACAUGCGUCUUAGCUGUACACUGCAUGUGUAAACCAGCAGCUACUCUUCAGGCUACAUAUUUGCUUAGCAGUUUGCUGUGUUUUUCCCCAAACCAAGAUGGCCAAUAAGAGUUUUGUAAUGGAGCUUGGAUAUGCAUUUGUGUGCAACUACAAGUUUUUAACGGUAAUCGAUUGGAAUUCGCCGUGAGGAUAGGCUCUGAUAUUUUUUAACACCACAUCAUACCUAUUUUUAUAGUCAGUGUGUCGUGGGAACAGUCUUGUUUAAACAUUUUUGCUUUUGUAGCCCCCUCCCCCAAGCAAAAAGAAAAAAACUCAAACAAAUCCAUUUUUUUAAGUCGUCGUGUCCCCCCACCCCAUGUGUUGCACGUUGCUUAUUCACCAGUAAGAGUGCAAAUUGCUUCAGGUGGCUCUCGCUGAGUCUGUGUGUAUUUUCUUUCAUAGGAAAUGGCAGCCUGAACAGCACUUGGCCUCAUUAGUGUGGCUCCCAUUGUUUUUGCUUCAUAUAGCAGUGUCCAGUAUAUUAUUAUAGACUGCAUUGUUACUGUAGAUUUGUAGAUUUUGACAGAACCAUUUUAUCCUCAUUUCCUUCCUCAAAAAUAAAGCAAAACAAAUGCCAUGGGUAUAGAUGUAUUGUCUAGUUUGUAAAUUGUUGUACUUGUGCUUAAUUGGAAUGUUGAUGAAUAAAACCGCUGCUGCAGUGAAA